UACUGUAUUGUACUGUGAAUCUCUGGAGGGGGGCUGCAAAAAAAUCUCCUAUUCUUACAGAGGUCCAUCCCCCGUACCUAUAACAUCUUAAGCCAGUUUGCUUUAUAACAGGUCACAGGACGUAGAUGUCUUUUUGAUUCACAUAUUUAUUUUGUUUUUAUUUUAGUUUAUGGUUUGGUUUUUUAACACUCCGGGAGGGCAGAAAUGGCGGCCAACAUGUACCGGGUCGGAGAUUAUGUCUUCUUUGAGAAUUCUUCAAGCAACCCCUAUCUGAUCAGGCGAAUAGAGGAGCUGAAUAAGACGGCAAGCGGCAAUGUGGAGGCAAAGGUGGUCUGUUUCUACAGGAGAAGGGACAUCUCACAGAGCCUCAUCCAGCUGGCUGACAAGCACGCAAAGGACCUGGAAGAAGAGAAGGAAAGCCCCUCUGAGCCAGACCUCUCUGAAAAACAGAAACAUCAGCUUCGCCACAGAGAGCUUUUCCUUUCCCGGCAGUACGAAUCCCUCCCUGCCACACACAUCAGGGGGAAGUGCAGUGUGGCCCUCCUGAACGAGACAGAAGCUGUGCUCUCCUACCUUGACAGAGAGGACACAUUUUUUUACUCAUUGGUGUACGACCCCACACAGAAGACACUAUUGGCCGAUAAGGGCGAGAUUCGCGUUGGUCCACGCUUUCAGGCUGAUGUCCCAGAAAUGCUACAGGAAGGAGAACCUGAUGACAGAGACCAGUCUAAAAUGGAGAUGAAGAUGUGGGACCCAGAGUGUCCACUGACCAACAAACAGAUUGACCAGUUUCUUGUGGUUGCUCGAGCGGUUGGUACUUUUGCUCGAGCUUUGGACUGCAGCAGCUCCGUCAGACAGCCCAGCUUACACAUGAGUGCCGCAGCAGCCUCACGAGACAUCACACUGUUCCAUGCUAUGGACACCCUGCAUCGGCACGGCUAUGACCUCUCCAGCGCUCUGAGCGUGCUCGUUCCUCAAGGAGGGCCCGUGCUGUGCCGGGAUGAGAUGGAAGAGUGGAGCUCGUCAGAGGCAAACUUGUUCGAGGAGGCGCUGGAGAAAUACGGCAAAGACUUCAACGAUAUCCGGCAAGACUUUCUUCCUUGGAAGUCACUGACCAGCAUCAUUGAGUAUUAUUACAUGUGGAAAACCACAGACAGAUACGUUCAGCAGAAACGACUGAAGGCAGCUGAAGCAGAGAGCAAGCUGAAGCAAGUCUACAUCCCCACAUAUAAUAAACCCAACCCUAACCAGAUCUCCGUCAGUAACGGCAAAAUGGCAACUGUGAACGGUGCAGCAGGCACAGGCAGUUUCCACACAGCCGGAGGCGGACGCGCGUGUGAGAGCUGUUUUGGUGCACAGUCUGCUCAGUGGUACUCUUGGGGUCCUCCAAACAUGCAGUGUCGCCUGUGUGUGUCCUGCUGGAUGUACUGGAAAAAGUAUGGUGGCCUGAAGAUGCCAAGCAGAGCUGAGGGGGUAGAGGAAAAAACGCCUCCGAGCCCUGCACCCAAUGAGAUUCGUUCUCGUGGCCAUGGCGCCCGUCAGUCUUCCCACAUGGUUCCAAUGAGGAACAGCGGCAGCCCCAAAUCCUCAAUGAAGACCAAGCAGGCGUUCCUCCUGCAGGCCACGCGCCUCACCAAGCUGGCGCGUCACAUGUGCCGCGAUCUCAUCAGGCUGCGCCGGGCCGCGCGCCGCCCCUUUGUGCCCAUUAACUGUGGUGCCAUAAAGGCGGAGUAUAUGAUCCGGGUGUCAGAGGGCAUGACAGGGCGACCUAUGAAGCCCAAAUCCUCCCCGAGGAGCACCCUGACCAGCGUCUUGCAGUACCUUGAGUCUCGUCCAGCAACUCAUGUUCAGCGGCCUCACCGCACCCCUGGUCUACAGGUGCAGCCCCCACGACGCCUGCUGUCCUCUCUUCCCAGCCAUGGCCCGCUUGGCAUAUUGGGAAAACGGAGCUACCAUCACCACAGCCGGGUUGAAUCCGCGGAGAGGAGGGCCGGUGCUCCAGGACAAGAAAAUCCAGCUCAUAUUGUGGGACCCAUUCUGCAGCAUAAUGGAAGCAGCACCGGUGGCUCUAACCUUCGCGCCAGUGGCCUGAUGCUCCGUAAGAGACGACCCAACUGGAUUGAUGCCCCCGAUGACAGCUUCUUCCUGGUUUCCCGAGAGACGAGGAAAGCCAGGAGGCUGCUCUCCCGUCAACAGUUAAGAAGAGCAUGUAGACAACCAUGUGAGCAGAUCAGCCUGCGCAGGGUCCCUCAGGGGCCAGCACAGGUACCUGUACUGGCGCCCCCUCACCCCAGUUUACGGAUGCGGGGUCCAAUCGUCAUCCAUGACUGACAGUCAUCUGCAUUGUUCUCCCCAGUCUGUCAGUUUACCAUUUGGAGUUUCAUUUGCCUAGUCAAUUUGCUUCCUCUUAUUCUACUUCUUCUAAAACUUUCGCUUCCACCUCUGGACAAAAGGCUUACAAUAAUAAAGCAUUUAGCUAAUAACCCGACCACUAAAAAAAAUGAUAUUUGUAUAUUCAACACCUUCUUGGAUGGCAGCCACGGCUCUUGUUUCAAUAUCUUUCUAAGUACUAAAUGCUCAUUAAGUUUCAAUACAAGCGCAACUUAAACACUUUUACCUUACAGCAACUUAUAACGUCGGCUCUGAGCACUGAGAAUCUAUGGCUGUGGCAACUAAACUUACAGGGUUCCACAAAUGUGUAUCAUGUACAGAUCAACGCUGAUGCUGACCAUUCAACAGACUCUUUUGAGAAGUGUUAGUGUACUCUUUGUAAAUUCAGUUAGCUCUGCAUUGAAUGGUUUCCUUUAUUUCUCUGUAUCUUCUGUGCGUAUCAUGACAAGUACACGUCUGUAAGCUGUUUUUAUAUUGUAUUCAUGCGAGGACUGGAUUGGAUGUUGAGUUACUGGCUAAUUGGUGGUUUUAACUGAGAGCAUGUUUCAAUCGAUUCUUUUAACUGGAGAUUUUGUAAUGAUUUGUGGAAGUCAAAGCAGUCUUUGCAACUCUCUAUGUAACAUUCAUUCAGGACAUUAUGGUUCUGUUCCCCUCUUUAAGAUGCCAGUAAUACCCUUUAGAUGUUUGUAAGAAAUGUAUUUAUUGGCUUCUUAACAAAUAAAGCCAAUUUUUCAGCACUUCACCAAUUAAAAUGACAAACUGACCCUUUGGCAGAAGUCAUAAUUAAAAUUUGGCUAAGGGAAUAUUCAUUAUCCCGGCUGUGUAUAUAGCAUGUGACAGUGAAACAAUAAGCUAUUUUGUUUUCAAUGCCUCAUACAUUUUUGUUGUCUUUCAUUGUAUGUCACACAUUUACUGAAAAAUGAUAAAUAAAAAAGCGCAGUACA